CGGGAGAUGUUCGCUCGGAAAGUGAAGUCGGCGGAUUUCACGGCGUCGUUGCAGCGCUUCGCCGAUCUUCACCGGGAUUGCGCUUCGCGAGCCAAGCAUCUUAAGCUUGCGCUGGACGCCCUCUGCGUACAGGAUAAGCGGCAGUUCAUGGAAGAUUACAGUUUUGAAACGUUUCAUCUUGUCGACGAAUUGCUGCUGCAGGCUGAUUUGACACAAACAGCACAAUCGGUUCUGGAGGCCGAAUCAGCUCUGUGGACACUGGAGCAGUUGCUGUGUCUUGUCCCUGAACUUGUCGGCAGCGGUGUGUUCUUUUUCCAGUCCAUCUUUCCUAAUCUGUCUCGUAUCUCCCGGUCUCUCAUCUGA